CCAUAGAAGAUCUCUAUCGAAGUAGUAAUAAAGCUGUGGGUUGCCACACAGCCAUAUUUCGAGCGCGCGCGGACACAAAUUUUCUUUUGGAUUUGAAUCGUUCAUUUCUUACCCUUAUUCUGAAAAUUAGAAAAAAACAAAUCAAUUACCUGCGAUUUUUCUGCUACAUAUUUUUCGAUUAUGCGCGUUUUUGCUCCACUUGUAUCGUUGAAAGCGGAAUUCGUUCAUAAAAUGGCGUCCGUCAUGAAUUUAUUUUUUUCGAAGACGACGCUCCGCCAGGCAACAAAAUGUUAAGACAAAAAAAAUGUUAUCAGCUCCAGCGUUAUCAGUUUGAUAUGCUAUUACGCUCGUAUGUGGCGAGGGCGGUGUAUUGUGGUUGCGUGAAAGUAUAAUACCCGAAUGGAAUAUUUGUCGUAACUGAUGAUACCUCCGCAUUGUGAAAAAGAUAAGUGUAGUGAAGUUUAGAUAACGCAUAUCGCGCGGAACUUAUUACGUACAAGCCGUGUCAGAUUUAAUUAGUAGAACGAAUAGCGGCGAUUGCGACUAAUAAGAGAACUGCAGCAGUGUCGGAAUAAUCAAAAUGUGCGCGGCUCAAACGAAUCCGCCCGCAAGUUUUAACUACACUUGGGGCUUUGCAGAUAACUCCCGCACCGAGUCGGUGGUAGAAAUUAGCCCCAACAUUAAUUACACUGUCAGUGAUGCGACGAUGCCAUACUUGCAGUUACCGGACGGUGCUAGCAUUAUAGUCCAGAAGGAUGCCAAGGGAACGAUCACGCAUGCCACCAACAAGGGUGCGGUGCGACGAAUGAUCGUGGUCAACGAUCCGUCCGCGUUGCAGCAGGGCACAGCACAACGUAUUAUUACCACAAGUGGUACCACGGCUACCGUUACCACGGGUCAUCCGGCAGUGAAGAAACAUGAAGUUAUAAACCAAUCUAAUUCCGCCCUAGCAAACGGGAUCAUCGAUACCAAGACAAAAAUUCUAACCACGGGUUCAGCGGGUGGUGCCACCGCAUUCAUGUCCCCACUGGGACCGAUACAGCUAACGGCCGAGGAAUGUAACGAUAUUUUAAUGAAACGGGCGGCGGCUGCAGUGGCCGCCAACAAUCAACACGCCAUUACGACAAACACCGAAGGCCAUCAUGCGGCAAUUGCCGUCCAGGUGCAAAAGGUCAUCCAAGGGCUGGAAGAAGGCGAAGACUCGCAGGCCACAACGUCGACACAUCAACUGAAAAUCGAACCAUCGUUAACUAUUUCGCCGAAGCUAGAAGCGGUUGAAAUCGAUUAUAAUGAAUACGUUCAACAAGAGUCAGAUGCCCCUACGCCGAAUGUAGUGCCGAAGGAGCGACCAUACUCCUGUGACCAGUGUGGAAAGUCCUUUCUGCUGAAACAUCAUCUUACAACACACGCCCGCGUUCACACCGGCGAACGACCUCACGUUUGCGUUCACUGUGGUAAAGAUUUUGCCCACAAACACUGCCUGAACACCCAUCUGCUGCUUCAUUCGACGGAUCGUCCCUACCAGUGUCAGGAAUGCAAGAAGAGUUUCACGUUAAAGCACCACCUGCUGACCCACUCGCGCGUGCAUAGCCGCGAACGUCCUUUCGUGUGCCAGGAAUGCGGUCGAUCGUUUCCGUUGAAGCGUCAUUUGGUGACACACAGCAAAUUUCAUGCCGGCGAACGGCCGUACGUCUGUGAGGAUUGUGGCGAAAGCUUUGCCCAGAAGGAGCAUCUAGUUAUGCAUUCGCGUUUCCAUGGUUCGGUGAAUCCGUUCGUGUGUCCCGACUGUGGAGCUACCUUCCCACGCAAAUUUCAGCUGGUAAACCAUGGAAAGCUUCACGGCCGCAUCCCACAUUCGUGCACGCUGUGCGGAAAGGAAUUCCUGCAAAAGCGAACACUUGCUGCCCACAUGAGGAUUCACACCGGCGAUCAGCCUUUCCCUUGUAUUGCAUGUGGCGAAGGUUUCCGUACCAAAUCCGAACUGAACGCCCACAACCGAUUAACCCAUGGUGGUGUAAAUCCAAACUCGUCGAAUACCACAAUCAUAACCACCAAUACGGUUGUUACGACAAACGCCCAACAGCAAGCCCAGGCACAAGCCCAAGCUCAGGCUCAGGCCCAAGCGCAGGCACAAGCUCAGGCGCAAGCACAAGCGCAGGCUCAAGCUCAAGCCCAAGCCCAGCAGCAGGCUCAGCAGCAAGCACAGCAACAACAGCAGCACAUCGAAGUACAACAAAUCCAACACCACCAAGGACAGCAGACCGUCCAAGAUGUCAACACGGGCAACAUUAUUACCACUAUCUCCACCGGUCAGAGUUCACCGGAAGCCUCGCCGAGACCGCAGUACGCCUGCCGCGAGUGUGGUAGCGCUUUCAAUAGCCGCGAAGCACUGGCGCUGCAUUUGCGUCUGCACACCGGUGACAAGAGCUUGAUGACAGAUCUGUGCGCAUUAACCGCUGCUCUUCCCGGUCACCUGUUUCCUGUCAAUCAAGAAUAUUCACUAAUAGGAGGUGGCACGACCGUUGUAACCACAAAUCCUGUAAUGCAAUCGUCUCCCGUUCCAGUACAAAUUAUCACCUCCUCCGGUCAGGUGGUACAGCAAACGUUACAGCCGCAGAGCCCGCCUCAUCAGCAGGCACAGGUUCAGCAGCACCAGCAGCCACAACAGCAGCAAGUUCAAACCCAUACUACACAUCAGCAGCAGGUACAGGUCGUUCAGCAACCGCAGCAAGUCCAGCAGCAGCAGGUUCAGCAUCAGCAAACAGUGGUAUUAGCACAGGCCAAGCCUAAAUCCCACUACUGCGGACACUGUGGCAAAGGAUUCGCUGCUAAACACGGACUUCUGCUACACAACCGACGUCAUCCUAAUGGUGGCUGUACCGUGCGAACUCAUGUGUGUGAAUGCGGAAAAGCAUUCUUCCAGAAGAAUCACCUAAUGCUGCAUCAGCGACAGCAUCUGGAGCAGAAUCAACGUGGUAGUGCUCAAAGUCAAGCGCAGGCGCAACAGGGUCAACCACAGCAACAGCUGGUAGUGAUUCAACAAACCAAUCAGGAGGCACUUGUUCAGCAGCAACAACAACAGCAAGCAGCCGCUCAACAGCAAGCACAACAACAGCAAGCAGCAGCACAGCAGCAACAACAGCAACAAGCUCAGCAGCAACACCAGAUCCAGCAGCAGCAACAGCAGCAAGCCCAGCAGCAGGCACAGAACCAGGCCCAGAACAACCAGCAGCACGCAAUGCGCAACCUGGUUAUCGCUAACCAGCCUGUGCAGGUUCAGGUUCUAGAAAGUAACACGGCACAGGUGAUUAAGUAUGAGAUCAUUCACGACUCUUCGAGGCAGUCAAACGUCGAGUGAGAAGAGGCUAUGCUCCGUAUAACCAAAC